UCGAUAUUCUCUCAAGUCUCAAGUUCUCAAUUACUAGCUAGGGUUCAAAAAGGGGAUUUCCCCCGGAAUCCCCCUUCCUCCUCCUCAUCUCCGCGUUCAUCCUCUCUGGUGAAGUCAAGUUCAUCAUCUUCCCCUUUGGUCCCGUUGUCACGAUCACAAAAAUUUCCGUCCAAGUUCCAACCUCUCUCUAUCACCUACUCAACCUCAACCCAACAAUCAGCCUUCAAUCACUGGUGGAAAGAAAAGACAAAUAGAACAAUCACUGCUAUCAUUUUCAAGAUGAAAGACGUACAGUUAAUGCAACAAACAAUAACGAAGGGAAUGGAGGAGAUGGAAGGAUUGAUCCGCUAACUGAAUCAUGGGUGAUGACAUAGUUUAUAAGAAAUGGGAGGAUUUGCUGAAAGAAGACUGGUUGAAGAUUGGUAUAAAAGAUACUAGAGUAUCUCCUGCCGACUGGGAAUAGCUGCUGAACUUUUGGAAAAGAGACAAUGAUGUGGUUGAACCAGUUAGAAUACUUCUCGAGUUCUCGUGCACAAUGUUGGUGAUAAAGUUCAACUUAAGUAUGGGC